GUAUGUUAGUGCGACAGAGUCCUAAAGUGGGUACAUUGUAUUGCUCAUGACUGUACAACUCAGCCUACCCCUUCGGGGAUACAGGCGUGACGCUAUGUUAUGUUAUGUUUUAACACUAUUUCAGGUAUUUUUCAUGGUGAUGAGCGGUCUCACGAGCUUAGGCAUGCUGGGCACGCUGGUUGGAACAUUCGGCACGGCGCGGGGGGCGGGGGCCAAUAUCUUCAGCGUUCUCGACAACCAGCCCAGUAUCGACCCCUUGCUCGACCGGGGGCUCAAACCUGAACACAUAGAGGGGAACAUUGAGUUCAAAAAUGUCGUCUUCCGCUACAUGUCGAGACCAGGAGCUCCUGUGCUACAAGGGCUCAGCUUCAGCGUGAGACGCGGCCAGUCAGUCGCGCUGGUCGGACGCUCCGGCUGCGGCAAGUCAACCGCCAUACGCCUGAUCCUGCGACACUAUGACGUCAGCAGCGGCAACGUGCUGUUGGAUAAUGUGGACGUGCGUGACGUGUCAGUGCGGUGGCUGCGCGCGCAGGUGGGCCUGGUGGGGCAGGAGCCGGUGCUGUUCAACACGACGGUGCGUGAGAACAUCCGCUACGGCCGCGAGGACGCCUCCGACGCAGACAUCGAGGCCGCCGCCCGACAGGCCAACGCUCAUCACUUCAUCACCAAACUGCCCAAGGGUUAUCAAACGUUGGUUGGUGAACGUGGUACAUCGUUGUCGGGCGGACAGAAACAAAGGAUAGCGAUUGCGCGGGCGCUCAUCCGCAAUCCAAUUAUACUGUUGCUCGAUGAAGCGACCAGUGCUCUCGACAGCACCUGCGAAGCUAAAGUUCAAAAGGCCCUCGAUAUGGCAGCAAAAGGUCGUACCACACUGAUCGUGGCCCAUCGUUUGUCCACCAUACGCAAUGUUGACGUCAUUUAUGUCCUUGACAACGGAAAAGUGGCUGAACAAGGUACUCACGAUGAACUGAUCAAAGCUCAAGGGAUGUACUACAAUAUGCAAUUGCUUCAAGGAUCGAUGGAAACGUCGCAGCCUACGAAAGAAUUUAGUGCUGUGGAUGCGGCAGCUCAAGAAUCAGAAAUUACUCUGGACCGUCGCUCGAUGCUAUCUGUGACUUCAUUGGCAGACCACGAGCGAAAGAUGCCUCCUCUGUCUUUGCGGCGACUGAUCAGCCUUAAUGCUCCAGAGCGGACCAUCCUGAUUAUCGGAUGUACCACAUCCAUCGUUACCGGCUUCGCUCUACCUAUAUACGUCCUUUGUUUUGGGGACUUGUUAGGCGCACUGUCAAAUCCCAAAAGCGACGUGGUGAUGGCAAAAUCAAUUGAAGUGGGCAUAACAUUUGUGGCAAUUGGUUUUAUUAUAGGAACAUUUACUUUAAUAGAGCACAUGUCUUUCGGCGUAGCGGGAGCGAGUCUGGCGCAACGCCUGCGAGCGCUGAUGUUCCAACACCUGAUGAGGCAAGAUAUAGCGUUUUACGACAACCGCGUCAACUCCACCGGUGCCUUGUGCGCCCGACUGUCCGCUGAUGCUGCUUACGUGCGAGCGGCUACCGGUCAGCGAAUAGGAACGGUGUUGCAAGGAGUGGGGUGCAUUGGCCUGGCAUUAACAUUGGCCAUGGUACAUGAGUGGCGCGUGGCCUUAGUAGCGCUCGCCUUCUUUCCUCUUGUGUUCCUUGUCAUGCACUACGAGGGGAAAGCUUCCUCUCAGGAGUCUUUUAAGGAUGCCGCGUCAGUAGAGGAGAGCACUAAGAUAGCAGUGGAAGCAGUGUCGAACGUUCGCACGGUGGUGUCUUUGGGGAGGGAGCAGAAGUUUAUAGAAGAAUAUACGGCGGCGUUGCGGCCAGCCAUAGGUCCGGCGAAGCGCGCCGCGCACUUUCGCGGCAUAGUCACAGGCCUCUCCCGAUCCGUGUUCAACUUUAUGAACUCCGCAGCACUAAUCCUGGGUGCACAUCUCAUUAUCAAUGAAGGCAUCAGAUACGAAAACAUACUCAUAGCGACGCAAUCCCUGCAGUUGGCUUCGGGGCAGUUACAAGCGGCGUUCACAUACUCUGCAGACUUCCAGAAGGGGAUCAGAGCAGCGUCCAGGGUCCUGGCAUUUUUAAACACGAAACCGACGGUCGUCGACCCCGAAAUGCCGUUCGUUGCACCAUUUAGAAGUUCUGGUAGUGCAAAAUUUGAACAAGUGGAAUUUAGCUAUCCCACCCGGCCAGGCGUGCAGGCGCUACGUGGUUUGGAUCUUCAGAUACCAGCUGGUAAGACAGUUGCUCUGGUCGGGGAGAGUGGAUGCGGUAAAAGCACAACUGUUUGUUUGCUCCAGCGGUUCUACGAUGCGGAAGCUGGCGUUAUUACUAUGGACGAGAUACCCCUACAGCAGCUGCUAGUGAACGAUGUCCGCGGCAACCUUGGGCUGGUGUCGCAGGAGCCGGUGCUCUUCAAUCGGACCAUUCGAGAGAACAUCGCGUAUGGGGACAACUCCCGCGCACCCACAGACGACGAGAUCAUUGAAGUUGCCACACAGGCGAACAUACACAAAUUCAUCGAAGCGCUACCUCAGGGUUACGAUACGACCAUAGGUUCGAAAGGAGUCCAGUUGUCAGGAGGACAGAAGCAGAGGGUGGCCAUAGCCAGAGCGUUGGUGCGACGUCCGAAGAUACUCCUCCUGGAUGAGGCCACCAGCGCUCUUGACACGGAGAGCGAGAAGGUGGUGCAAGCAGCAUUAGACCGUGCCAAGGAAGGCCGCACGUGUCUGAUGGUCGCACAUCGCUUGAGCACCGUGCGCGACGCAGAUGAGAUCUGCGUCUUCCAACGCGGCCUCAUCGUCGAACGAGGCACACACUCGCAACUCAUGGACCUCAAAGGCUUUUACUACGACUUACAUAAAAGAGGACUGUGAAUUACUAAAACAACCUGCCUCAGUCUGUUUCUGCUGCAUUUUUAUUAGGUAGUAUGUUUGUCAAACAAACGUUGCAAGACAGUUUGAAUUGCAGUUACAAAACUGUUUGAAGGGUUUCAAACUUUUUUGGCAUGUGACAGAUGGCGCUACUGGUACUAUACAUAUUUAAUAAAAAUUUGGAAUAUUUUUUGUUCAAAGUAGGAAUAAGAAAUCUAACUUCAAUAUGAAAUGUACCUCCCUACUUGUGUGCUGUUUUGCGUUAGUUCCUUGCCUACCUACUUAUACUGUGUUACGUGAUGUUAUUAAUUAAUGUAAUGUAAAUUAAUGAUAGUAAAAAUAAUGGUACAAGUGUCAGCAAAGUUGCAAAUAAUAAAAACAGUAAGUAAUUUA